GGAACGGAGUGGCCAACGGCCUGCAGAACAACAUGCCCAAGUUUUAUUGUGACUACUGCGAUACAUACCUCACCCAUGACUCUCCAUCUGUGAGAAAGACACACUGCAGAGGUAGAAAACACAAAGAAAAUGUGAAAGACUACUAUCAGAAAUGGAUGGAAGAACAGGCUCAGAGCCUGAUUGACAAAACAACUGCAGCAUUUCAGCAAGGAAAGAUACCUCCUACUCCGUUCUCUGCUCCCCCUCCUGCAGGGGCAAUGAUCCCACCUCCCCCCAGUCUUCCGGGUCCUCCUCGCCCUGGGAUGAUGCCAGCACCCCAUAUGGGGGGCCCUCCCAUGAUGCCAAUGAUGGGUCCUCCUCCUCCUGGGAUGAUGCCAGUGGGACCUGCUCCUGGAAUGAGGCCACCUAUGGGAGGGCACAUGCCGAUGAUGCCUGGGCCCCCAAUGAUGAGACCUCCUGCCCGUCCCAUGAUGGUGCCCACUCGGCCAGGAAUGACUCGACCAGACAGAUAAGGAGAGAGGGGAGCUCUUUCUCUCAGUUUUGUAUUACUUGUUCUACUUUGCCAGGAGAUCCUGGUGCUGUGACUCUGGAUAUUUUCUAACAGCAUGACAAGGAAGACUCGCUCCCUCUUCCUAUCAAAGAGAGGAUAGUUUUGGAGGGAAGUAGUUGGGGGAAAAAAUGUUUUUUCCAUUUGUAUUGUGAAAUGUGAAAAUAAAAUUGUAAACUUAGUUAAAAAAAAAAAAA